AUAAAAAAAAUUAAAACAUUUCUUCCUUCUAUCACAGCAUGUGACGGAUACCUGUUCAUAAAAAUUAGGCUAUUUUAUACAUGCCCACUUAUAACUGAACUUCAAAACGCUGACGAGUACGUGGCUUGUCAUAAUUGGUGCACAGAGAGGGAAAUAGUGAUAUCUUCAAACUAUGGUCAAUGAAUUAAUGUUAAUGUACACAGCUGUGUUGGGAUUCGUAAAUGAAUUAAUGUUGAUAUAACUGACCUCAAAGUUUACUUUUUACAGCUUUGAGAAGGAAAGCAUCAAUAUUGGAGUUGUACAUGUACUCAAAACCAACCAGUGCGUCGGGCUUCUGGACAAAGAUAUUUAGAAAUACUCCUGGCUCACUAUGACUAAUAAACAAAGAAAGAUGAAGCCGACGGUUAGGGAUAGAGGAUAUGCCUGGGUGAUCGUAAUAGCCGCAUUCUUCCUUCAAGCUAUCCAGGACGGUGUGCGUUUCUCGUACGGUCUUUACUUUGUCGAGUUCCUGAACGAAUUCAAUAAAGGCAAAGGUCAAACUGCAUGGGUUGGCAGCAUCAUGCUUAGUGUGUUUAAUCUUGCAGGUCCCAUCUCGGCAUACAUUGUGAACAGGUUUGGAUACCGAAUCGGUACAAUGGCAGGCUCACUUGUCACAACUGUGGCAUUCUUGCUGAGUUAUUUUGCACCUAAUCUCUACUACCUAUAUUUUACUUUCGGUGCACUACAAGGGUUCGGGUUUGGAAUGGUGUUUUUGUCUGGAUAUGUUGCUACUGGGAAAUAUUUCAAAAAGAGAAGAGCGUUGGCUGUAGGGAUUACUUUCUGUGGCGGAGGGAUAGGAACAUUUGUUUUCCUUCCUGUAGCACGGUUGAUUAUUGAUACUUUUGGUUGGAGAGGAUCAGUGUUUAUCUUAGCUGGUGUGGCAUUACAUGAAUGCGUGUUUGCGUCUUUAUUAAGACCAUUUAUAGAGGAAGAAGUAGAAAUAAAUGAACCUGAAAUAGAAAAUAUGAAGAAUAAAAAACAAUCCAAGAGAGGCAAAGAACAUGGCGGGAAUUCAAGGCAAGAUGUAACAGAAGAUAAGUUAGAUGUCACACAUUCAGAGCAAGCUAUAACAGGUGAUAAGUUAGAUAGCGCACAUGCAGAGCAAGCUAUAACAGGUGAUAAGUUAGAUAGCGCACAUGCAGAGCAAGCUAUAACUGGUGGUAAGUUAAAUAUGACAGAUGAAAAAGUAUCAGUUGAAAAUACUGAAGAAGCACAGAGUAUUCCUUUGCCUGUCAUUACAACUGAUAUUGAUACCAAGACCGACAGCCCAGUUGCAAAAUCAAAUGAUGAACAUCCUAACUGUACUCCGGUGUCCGCCACAAAGAAUGAAAAUGACAGAGCUGUGUCAACACAUGACAUUGACACAUCCAAUAGCAAAAGCAAUGAACAUAAUAUUGAAACCAUGACAAAUAAAAAUGACAAAACAAAAAUUGACAAGUUUAAAAAUGCAUUCAUAGAAAACGUUUUCCCAAAGGAAUUGGUGACAAACAGUAAUUUCAUUAUUCUAAUGCUAUCGACCGUGUUCAUAGCUAUACCAGAAUUCGUGCCAUACAGUAUGUUGCCUGAUUUUGCACUGACCGUCAAAAGUAGUUCAUCACAGAGUGCUUGGAUGCUAUCAGCAGUCGGAAUUGGAGCAACUAUAAGUCAAGUUGGUGCCGGAUGGUUAGCAGAUAUGAAAUGUGUCCAUAAUCUGAGCCUUCUGGGUGGUUGCAUUCUAUCAAUCGGCGUGACGACAAUGAUUGUUGCUGUGAUCCCGAUGUUUGAGACGCUUAUUACGUAUUCAGUGCUGUUCGGCCUGUUUUCAGGGGCUAUGUACAGCGUCCAACCGAUAGUGUUGUUGGAAUAUAUUGACGAAAAACACAUGGCGACAAUGCACGGGUUGACAAUGUGGGUGUAUGGUAUAUCGGGGCUUAUUGGUAGCCCAGCUGCAGGUCCCAUCUCGGCAUACAUUGUGAACAGGUUUGGAUACCGAACUGGUACAAUGGCAGGUUCACUUAUCACAACUGUAGCAUUUCUGCUGAGUUAUUUUGCACCUAAUCUCUACUACCUAUAUUUUACUUUCGGUGCACUACAAGGGUUUGGGUUUGGAAUGGUGUUUCUGUCUGGAUAUGUCGCUACUGUGAAAUAUUUCAAAAAGAGGAGGGCGUUGGCUGUAGGGAUUACUUUCUGUGGCGGAGGGAUAGGAACAUUUGUUUUCCUUCCUGUCGCACAAUUGAUAAUUGAUACCUUUGGUUGGAGAGGGUCUAUGUUUAUUUUAGCUGGCGUGACCUUACAUGAAUGCGUAUUUGCAUCUUUAUUAAGACCAUUUAUAGAGGAAGAAGUAGAAAUAAAUGAACCUGAAAUAGAAAAUUUGAAGAAUAACAAACAAUCCAAGACAGGCAAUGAACAUGGCGAGAAUUCAAGGCAAGAUAUAACGGAAUAUCAGUUAGAUGUCAAACAUUCAGAACAAGGCAUAACGGGUGAUAAGUUAGAUAGCUUACAUUCAGAGCAAGCUAUAACUGGUGGUAAGUUAGCUAUAACAGAUGGUAAAGUAUCAGUUGAAAAUACUGAAGAAGCACAGAGUAUACCUGUGCCUGUCAUUACAACUGUUAUAGAUACCAAGACCGGCAAUCCAGUUGCAAGAUCAGAUGAUAAGCAUCCUAACUGUACUCCGGUGUCCGUCGCAACGACUGAAAAUGACAGAUCUGCGUCAACACAUGACAUAGACACGUCCAACAGCGAGAGCAAUAAAUAUAAUAUUGAGUCCAUGACAAAUAAAAAUGACAAAACAAAAAAUGGCAGGUUUAAGAUUGCAUACAUAGAAAAAGUUUUCCCCAAAAAAUUGGUGACAAACAGUAAUUUUAUUAUUCUAAUGUUAUCGACCGUGUUCAUAGCUAUACCAGAAUUCGUACCUUACAGUAUGUUGCCUGAUUUUGCACUGACCGUCAAAUGUAGUUCAUCACAGAGUGCUUGGAUGCUGUCAGCAGUCGGAAUCGGAGGAGCCAUAAGUCAAAUUUGUGCCGGAUGGUUAGCAGAUAUGAAAUGUGUCCAUAAUCUGAGUCUUCUGGGUGGUUGCAUUCUAUCAAUCGGCGUAAUGACAAUGAUUGUUGCUGUGAUCCCGAUGUUUGAGACGCUUAUUACGUAUUCAGUGCUGUACGGCCUGUUUUCAGGGGCUAUGUACUGCGUCCAACCUAUUGUAUUAUUGGAAUAUAUUGAUGAAAAACACAUGGCGACCAUUCAAGGGUUGACAAUGUGGGUAUAUGGUAUAUCGGGGCUUAUUGGUAGCCCAGCUGCAGGUUGGUUAUUUGAUGCGACGGGGAAGUAUACAUUAAGUUUUCUGGCGGCCGGAGCAUGUUUCGCUGUCAGCGGAUGUAUCAACUUUCUUGUCUUGGUUACAAGACGUAGCAGGGAAGCCAGAAAACUGAAGAAGCUGAAAACGGAAAUAUGAAAGACGGCUGUCUGUGAUCAGUACAUGAAUCGUGAAAACCGUGCAGCAAACUAAGAUAUACCAUUAAGGCCUUCACAUCUUUGAUCUUAGGCACUGGAAAAUGUAUGCAACACUGCCGUGUGGCUAUGAAAUGUCUAUAAAUUAUUGCAAUGUUAAGAAUUGUAGUCGGAUUAAAUGUAUUGCGGCAUUAA